AUGAUACUCCUGUUUAUCUUCUCCAAAAUGGCGAUAUUUAAAGUGGCUUCCACGUUAUUCAUGAUGGCAUUCUUCCAAAAGCUGUUCUACUUGUUUGGUCUAUUCCUGAAUUAUUUUCUAAAAAGCAAGUCUCCAAAACCCUCACCAUCAUCUGUCUAUGGAGCGCCUUCAGACUACAACACCAUCGGCUACAGUUACGGACCACCAGAACACGAGUCGUUGCAUACUCAAGAUAAUGGCUAUCCUGGCAUUUCUGAACUUGGUGGCGGUGCCUUCGACUGGCUUGUGAAUAAGAACGUCAAGUGA